AUUCACAAUUGACUUCAACUUUCAAUUAAUCCUCACAUUCCUAAAUCUUCAUACUUUACUCGAGAUACUUACCCUCUAUAUAUACAAUCAAAAUGACUCGCCCAUCAACCUGCUGUGGUCAAUCAACCACUGGCUGCGUCUGCGCCGCCCAAGCCCGCUGCGAAUGCGGCAAGACAACCGCCGAGCACUGCGAUUGCAGUAAGAAGGCUACUCAUGAUCCACACAGCGAGGGGGCUAGAUGUUCUUGCCGGAUGAGACCUGCUGGUCAAUGUACGUGCGAGAGAUCGGUGACUGAGAAUCGGCCUGUUAGUGGAGAGGCAUGCCCUUGUGGACAGAGACCUGCUGGUAUGCUUUUUCCUUCUCAUCCCCCUCCGCUAUGAACAAACUAACUGUUGGGACUUUAGGAUCAUGUACAUGCGAAAAAGCCGAGAAAAUAGACGCAGCCGUCCAAGAAGGAUUGGAGACGGAUUUCACGACGAAAGUUUAAUUCUUCCCCACACGAGUUGAUUUUGCAUUGUGAACGGACAUGGAGUUUGGGAUUAAUUUUUGAGGCUUAGCAUGGUUGUCAAUUUUAUGAGAGGAUCGGUACCUGGUGGAUGUAUUAGUAUAACGCAACAGUCAAUAAUAAUUGACAUCAUGAAUGUGAUAUGACACUUCAUAGAUCUGUAGGCGACUCACGUGCUUCAGCCGCGCGCAUCAAAGAUGUUCCUUCCGGCGGCUAACUGCUCAUUCGGAAAUCGGACUAAAUAUAUUCCCACGGAGAGCUGUCAACAGAAACGAUAAUAAGCAAUAGUUCGAUUGAAUAGCUUCAUGAACACCCAUAAAAAAGGGCAUAUAUAGCCCACUGAUUGAUUCUCUAUUGUUUUUCGAGU